GCUUUGCCUCCUGUUCCCAGCUCGCAUGGUUCACUAGGGGCGCCGAGAUCAUCUGAUUCUGGUUAUGAUAAUGAUACAUCUGCUGCAUCAAGUCCACCCACUGAAUCUGCUCGAGUUCCUAUUAUAUCUGUUCUUCACAAUGUGACACAUCCUCCAAUGGCGCCACCUGCUCCUCCAAUGGCGCCACCUGCUCCACCAAUGGCCCAACCUGCUCAAUCUGGCAAACGUCCCCCUCCAUCAUCCACUGCAGCUAGUCCUCCUCCAGUCCUGGCUACAGAUUGUUCAACAGAACCGGAUUAUUCAAUGGCUGCAGAUGUUGGCUCCAGCAAGACUUGGUUUCUCCAGGUAGCAGCAGCCCUUCUGAUUCUACUAUCACUCAUCUAAUGCUCUACCAGAUGAGUUUAUCCCGUCUGUUUCUUGACAUUUGGUGCCACUUUGUUGACAUGUAAUCUCUGCAGUGCAUAGC